UUUUUUUUCAACAUACAAUUUUAUUCAAACUAAAAUAAAUAUUUUUCUAUAAAUAUAUAUUUAGUUGUGUAUAAAUAAUUAUAUUAUCUUGUUUACUUUUUUUUAAAACGAUGCUAUCCGUUGCUGACCUUUUCAUGAAAUAAAGACAGACAUGUAAGAAAAAAAAGAUGAAUGGCGUUUCGUUACUUUAUCUACUUAUUUUUAAUUAGGUAGACGUUUCUUCCUCUUUAAAAUCAUAACUUGUCCGGAUUUUAAUUUUGCACACCUUAAGAAAAUAAGAAUAAAAAUAAUUGUGUAUGUGUGUAUAAUAAGGUCUCCUGCUUCUGCACCACCCUCGAUCUAAACAUUCUUACCCCAUUCUCUUAACCCAAAUAAAUCAUUUUCUCUGUUCUUCUGCCAUUGUCGCAUGAACCUGUACAAGCUCUCUCAAGUUUCCAAAGGCUUAAAGACAGAAGAGAUCCAUCGGUACUUACAAUCUUUCCAAAGAUAAAAUGGAGAUUGAGAAGGAUGAGGACGACACAACAUUGGUUGAUUCUGGAGGAGACUUCGACUGCAACAUAUGUUUGGAUCAGGUUCGAGACCCGGUCGUGACUUUAUGUGGCCACCUGUUUUGUUGGCCCUGCAUUCACAAGUGGACUUAUGCGUCCAACAAUUCAAGACAACGAGUCGAUCAAUACGAUCAUAAGAGGGAACCACCAAAAUGUCCGGUAUGCAAAUCUGAUGUCUCCGAGGCUACGCUUGUCCCGAUCUACGGACGAGGACAGAAAGCUCCCCAGUCCGGUUCAAAUGUACCGAGCAGACCAACUGGUCCGGUUUAUGACUUAAGAGGAGUUGGUCAACGUUUAGGAGAAGGGGAGAGUCAACGUUACAUGUAUAGAAUGCCUGAUCCGGUGAUGGGUGUGGUAUGCGAAAUGGUAUACCGGAGACUAUUUGGAGAGUCUUCGAGCAACAUGGCACCUUACCGCGAUAUGAAUGUCCGGUCUAGGCGACGGGCAAUGCAGGCUGAGGAGUCAUUAAGCAGAGUCUACUUGUUUCUACUUUGCUUCAUGUUUAUGUGUCUAUUUCUCUUCUAAUUAUAAUAUAUAUGUGUAUAUAAUAUACCAAUUGGAAUGAGUAUGCAUAUAUGUAAUAACAAUUUGUAUAUUUUUAAGAGUCUUGAAUCGUUGAAAUUGUAUGAUGAGCAUAUAAUAACGUCCAAAGAAAGAAACGACA